AUGCAACUCUUUCUUUCACUCUGUUUCUUUGCUCUCGCCUCCGGGCAAACCGACUUUUGUCACCCCCGACGAUGCGAAGUUUGCAAAUUCAUCAUGAUGGCAAAUUGGGAGAUUUCUGUUUUCCAAGACAAAGGGAAAUACAUGAAAAAUUGCAAAAAGAUCGCCUCUUGCUGCGCAAAAAAAUCGCAAUUCGGCCGUAUGGAAAUGGAAAACCAGGGCAGCAACAUUAACUACCUCGCUGUUGGCAUCUUUGGCAGCUUGUUUGGCUUCGCCGUCGCUGGAGCAGCCGUCCUUAUGGUCAAAUACCUCAUUGACAAGCACAGGGACAAUUCAAAUUUCAACCAAAUGCGGAGACAAUCCAGAGCUAGGUCGAUUUCUACUGACGCGCUUGAAAAACGUCGACUGACCUUGACACUGAGCAAUGCCUCCGCGCCGCAGCUGACAAGAACAUUGAGUGGCGACUCUUGUGGAUAUCUCACUCCCUUCCAGGGAAUUGAUACAAGCCGACGAGGAAGUGCGAGGAGACAAUCAAGCCUUUCUUUCAUCCGUGAAUAA